AUGGCGCCCUUCAGCCGGCUUGUGCCGCUGGGCCUCGUGCUGCUCGCCCUAGUGGUAAUUCCGACACUACGAAACUUUCCGACAAUGAUAUCCUACGACGAGGGGCCAGCUGCCGCUCCCACGCCCGCUGGAAGCGAGCCGCUGAGUCGGGUGGCCGCUCUCCGGGCGCGGGAGCGCGAUCUUGCGACGCGACUGGGCUCGCUGAACGGAACGCUGUCGAUCGCGCGCACGCGGCUCGCCGCUGCGGCCGUGCAUACACGACACGCAGUUCCAGCUCCGGCCGACCCUGCACCAGCCACGUACCCGCUCGACGGCGCGGGUGGCCACGCGUGUGUGGGAGGCUGCGGUCGCGGCACGUGCAACGCCGACCUCGGUCGGUGCGACUGCCCGCCGUUUGCCAAGGGCGCCGGCUGCGCCGAGCCGCUCUUCCCCGCCUGCGUCGACCAGUACGGCCUCAAGCCGACGGUGGCGGCGUGCGGCAUCCACUCACAACCCGCCUUCCCGGCGACGUGCGACUGCGUGAUGCAGUGCCACGAGCUGGCGCUCGACGCGCGGCAGGAGUGCGUCGUGGCGCCCGCGCCUGGCGAGAGCAUGGCGGCGGCCGAGCGGCGCACCAAGGCGGCCAUCCCGUGGUCGCCGAUCAUCGCCAACGAGACGUGGCUGCAGCGGACGCGCGCCGACGCGGCGGCGAGCCUCGCCGACGGCCACUGCUCCGGCCGCGGCAUCCUCUCGGUCCAGCUGCCGUACCAGUUCUACCCGAAGGCGUCGGACUGCGUGCCGUCCGACCGCCGGUACAACCUCGAGGAGUGCGCCAACCAGCGCACGCCCAAGUGCCGCUGCUUUCCGGGCUUCACGGGGCCGACGUGCAGCGUGAGGAUGGACAAGUCGCCCGGGCUGCACAAGUGCUUCAACGAGUGCAGCGGCCGCGGCGCGUGCGAGCACAACUUCUGCUACUACUCGCACCGCUACUACUUCAAGCACUUCACGCAGCCGGCGCACAAGCCGCUGCGCGACGCGAUCGCGUACGUCAAGAGGACGUGGCCGUACUUUGCGCGGAGCGGCGGCGCCGACCACAUAAUCGUGAUGACCCAGGACCAGGGCAACCGGUUCGUGCGGCAGCAGGUGCCCGAGAGCCGGCCCCUCAUCAUGCUGCACCACUGGGGCGCGCCGGCGUCGGUCAAGGUCGACAGCGACGGGCAGGGCGACCACGUCGCCGGCAAGGACUUCUGCGUGCCGCCCUUCCACGGCGAGCAGGCGCGGAUGAACCGCUGGCUCCCGGCGACGCUCAACUCGGAGCACGGCGGCUGCAUGGGCAGGGACGGCAAGCCGACGGCGCGCUGCGACCUCUCUGUUCACGGGUCGCCUCUGGCACCUGUUCGGCGCACUAGCCCGUCACGCCAAGCGCUAGGGCAAUGUGCGAUGAGGAUCGAGAGCGUGGCGCAGCCACGCCAGCGUCUCCGAAGCUAA